AUGGCCAAACCAACUCCCCUAUCUGCAGCCAAAAUCUCCCUUGCUGCCUUUGAUGAAGUGCUCGGAAGAUAUCCCGCCUGCAUCCAAGCCAUCUCGCAGGACAAGGGAGCAAAACCAGGCCAGAAGACACUGGCAGAGUUGGAUGAGUACCGCUAUGGUGAAGCAGUCACAGCAUUUGGUCCCAAAAAGGCAGACACCAAAUCCAUUGCCGUCGAUGAGGUCAAGACUUUGGUCGAAUGGAAGCUGUACGUCCUCUUUCACAUUCUUAUCCCUGCCAUCUAUCCAGACAUCCCUGGAACUCUUAAGGGCGUCACCCAUCGUCUUGCUUCACUAGUUUUCGGCGGAAGGAGAGCCACAGCCAUUUUUAGCGGCUUACAAACACCAUCUCUAGAGCUCGCUUCAGAUGCCCCCACUGGGCCGCUUGUGAGCAAGAUUACCGAAAGAAGCACUUACCUUCCUUCUUUCCGCCCAACUCUGAUGAAACUGGUCUCCUCCAAUGAUCCCGAUUUGGUCCAGACAACCGUACAAGAUGCCAUCAAGCAGUAUCGGGACAAGUCAGACAUAUCCGGCGCCUUAGGCAUCCUGACCAAGCUAAAAGGUAUCGGCCCGGCUACUGCGUCAUUGCUCCUGGCAGUGCAUGACCCAGACCAUGUUAUCUUUUUCGCCGAUGAAGCCUACUACUGGCUUUGCGGAGACGGGAAAAAGGUACCCCUCAAGUAUAACGUUAAGGAAUACAACUCCUUGUGCCAGAGAUCUCGAGCGUUAUCUCAACGGCUUGGAGUCAAAGCCAUUGACAUUGAGCGUGUAGCUUUCGUUCUCAUGCGGCAAGAAAGUGGGAAUGUAGCAGCCGCAAGUGCUACCCUUGAUCCCGAGCCGUCGGUCAGCAGCGUCGCCAAGGUGACGCCCCCAAAGAUCAAGAGGAAGACCGUUGAUGACGAUACCAACGAUCCAGAGCCGCCCGUGAGACGUUCGAAACGCACAAAACACAGUUUUGAGAGUGUGAAGCAUAGGAAAUAG